AUGGUUUAUAAAAAAAACUUUACAAUAGACACUGUAGACCUCAAUUAUCUCGAUGUCCCAUUACAGUCACUUGCACUUCCAAAACGCAUUCGUCGAUACCAAUCGUCUCAACAAAGUAUACCAAAGAGUAUAAUUUCUAAAUUAGAAAGUAUUGGGUCAGACGAGUUUGCUGAAUUAUACAAAACAUCUGUGACAUCGUCUGUUGAAGAAAAAGUUCACAAUCUCUGUGAAUGCAUGGAACAUGUUUUAGUAGUCCGAUGCGUCUAUUUCUACAUGAAAUGUUUUACUGAAAAUUUUAUUCUCCAAAAAGUUGACAAAAAAUACUACCCGAAGUUCUUCUAUCUGAUUGAACAUCACUUUUUAAUAAAGGAAUACUUAAAGUCGUCACAUAAGAUGUGUAGAAACCUCUUUGAAUUACGUUGGAGUUUAAAAGAAGACGUGUAUGUACAAGUCUUCUUGUACAUAUACAUAGAGUCUUUUGUGAAUGUAAUGUUUGAUAAUUACAGUAUUUUUCUUUCUGAAACACUGCAUUGUGUUGCAAAGUAUUAUUGGAACAUAUUCAACGAGUUUUUCUUUGACAGUAAAAUGAAUGUGAAAACACUCGAAAAGGUCUUUUACCAAGACCGAAUGUUGAUUACCAAAUUUGCUGUUUAUUUGCCAAAAAUAACUUAA